AUGAUGUACCUUGACCACUUGGGUCAACUCGGCGUGGUCGAGUCUCCUUCUAUCCAGGGACACGGGCCCAUCUUCACUACCGAAGCACAAAAUAGGUUUAUGGAAAUAUUGGAGCGUUCCGAGCAACGACGUCGUAAGUCUUUGGUCUGCUCUAUGAUAACAGUUCCCGCCCGUUUUAUUUCCCAGCUAACAAGCUCGGUAUUAGGAGCGCCUACUACUCCCUGCGGGUACGGUCAACCCCACGACACGGCCUACCAUCACGAGGUGAAAUGUGUCAAUGCUUCUGUUGAUAAUUCUGAGUCUCCUGUAUCGUUAGAGCGCUUUUCGCAGCCCUUUCAGGAGACUUCAGAAUCAUUUACGGAGAAGGUUUUGAUGAUCGGAGAUACGGCAAAAAUAGUCGCGUACUACGAGUCUUGUUUCAAAGAAUUGAGGCAGAAAAACUGCACGCUAAUUGCCAAAGCUUUCAUUAAGUUCAUUGAGCCAAAGAAAAGGGCAAAGCACCCGUACAAGGGUCUCAAACGUCUUAAAGGUGAUCGACAGAGCACGAAGCCGGAUUGGUGGCCUUCUGAUGUUCCUCACAAGGAACCAGACCAUCUGCUGAAGGACCAGCGACUUCGCCUCUUGAUCCACAUCUUGCGAAACCUUGGCGGGCGGAGAAUAACUUCUCACAAACUGCAAGUCGUCGCUGGUGAUUAUGCACGGCAGCUACAUCCAAGAAAGGAGAUCGAAAUGAAGAUGAAGAUCCUUAACAAUAUCUUCAAGGUCCGGGGGCUUGAAGAGCAAUAUGAGUGUCGGAAAAUCGAUCCGUGCACCCGUAUAUACAUUGACAACGACCGCACAAUUUUUAUAGAGUUCGGAGGUCAUGAGGCGACCAGCGACGCGAAAGAGGAAGUUGCGUCUGAAGAGCUAGAUGAUCUUUAG